AACUAAAAAAGUUGAAAACAGAAAUUAUUAUUUUUCAUUGAAAAUGCAAUUUAUAAGAGUUGUUCUCACAUGCAUUUCUUAAUUUGCAGUUAAUUUUUUUAGCAUGUGUUUUUCCCUCAUAAAAUGUCCGGCUGGAAGUGACACAUUGCCUGAGAUGACUUUUGCCACUCGGCAAAUCCAUCCACCUGCGCCGUGGCCUUUGUAUUAUGCAAAGCCAAGUCAGUUGAUGUGCACAUGUCUGUGCGCAGGAAUUCUGUCUGGACUUGUCCAUGGUGCGGAGAAGUUUGGCCUGGAAUACUUAGAGCACCACAAUCGUGUAAAGCGUGAGCCAGCCUUGCCAGCCAUUGAAUAAACCCUGUUUUCUCUCUUAGGUUUCUUGCUUGCAGAGUCAGCAAGGAGAAGAUCAUCUUCACUGAAUGAGAAAAAUUCUCGCUCAGAGCCGACUUAUAUAGUGGUCAACCCCUCACCUUUUGGCGGGUUGAAGUGCCAUUGGUUUUUGCAGUUACACGAAUGUGAACAAAUCAGGCUUCAGUAUCAAAGUGAACAAGAGUUUACCCAUAAGGGUCAGUGACGCAAUAGGAAAGACAGGGAAAGGGAACAACCUGUUAGGGUUCUGUGUAAUCUUUUGUGUGAGAACUGGAGAAGACUUAAGAUUUAAUAGAAUUACUUUUCGUGAAAAGAAUGAAAAGAAUGGAUUCUAAGAGCUGCUCUUGACGGAGCUCUUGUUGCUGGGCGAUUUCAGGAACAAAUUUGAAUCAGCCCGCUGCAGAACUUUCCACUUUCCUUAAUAGAGUCUUAAUAGAGAGUCUAUUUUCAGGCAUUUCCUUGUACCACAGCUGUAAAACCUCAUCACGCAGGAAUUAUUGGAAUAUAUGAAAAAUAUAUAUUUAGAUUUGCGUCAUUGUGUGUCUAUAAACAUAUCUCCAUCUGUUGUCACAUAUGAAAUAUGAAAAAUGUUGUGUCUACUAAGGUUAUAUCUAGGUUUAGAUCUAGCUAUCAUUUUGUCCUUCCCAUGCACAUUUUAAUAAAUCUUGUUUGUCCCCAGUGUCUGUUGCAUGUCCAGGGGUUUUGCCAGGCCUGGCUGUUGUAGACCUUGAUCUGAUCUCUCACAAAUGAGUGAAUAAAUGAAUAAUAAGUUUUUCUAUUUUAGAUUCAGUUUUUUUUUUUCUGGAUGCCUCCCUUUCACUCUUGUAUUUCUCUUCCUCUCGCUUCCUGUCUCUCUCCAGCUCUUUGAUUAUGAAAUAGUUGAAAGACUAUUUGGAAAUUUCCUAAUUGGAAAUCUACUGGCUCUUUUCUUCAAAUACUAACUGUACUUGUUAUUGUGAAUGUGACGUGAUAACAUUGGGGUCUUUCCUAUCAGACCAGAAAAAGGAGAGAGGUUUAAGGCAGAGAGUGAUGUUAAGGCUGUCUUGUUUACACUCAUUAUUUAACAUGACCCAGUGAACCACAGAGACAACACAAAACAUAAAGUUGUUAAUUGCUAUGAUAAAAUCCAUCUGGCAGUGUCCGGGCCUAAUUCACUACUCUUAGCUAACCACAGUUACACAAAAAUGCAAAUUGUUAUAUCAUUAUGUAUGCAACUGUUUGUUUUAGAAGGUAUUUCCGCAUUUGCAUUGUUGUACAAAUGCAUGUUACUUUGCAGAAACCUUCAGGUCGCUCUUUAAACUGGACAAUAACAACAUUUGUUAUUUCAUGACAGAGCCUGUGCCUUGGGAGAUCAGGUCAUUCAGGGGUCAAGUGUCCAGCCUUCCGUUUCCUAUAAAUUUUUCCUGCGUGUACCAUGUCCGUCACACAAAAAGUGUGUUUCACACAAAAAAACAACGAAAACUACAUCACAAGGAGCAGAUGGAUGUUGUUGGACAGACCUAAGAAGAUUAGUCCCUGUGCAACCUUCAGAGAUGAAAGUGACACUUUCAUAUUGCUAAAAAAAAAAAAUCUUUAAUCCACCUGAAACCACUCCAAGGUGAUUGUUUCAUGAGGAUCAAUGGCAUGUUCUCUUUUGGACAUGUCUUUGACCUCUGAGCUCUCCGAGGUUAAAACUAGCCAAGAAAUGUGGUUGAGACAUGACACACCAGGUCCACCAUGCUAGACCGUAGUGGGCUGCAGUGUUACAGUUACAGUACAAUACAAUACUUUCUAGUCUUAUUUUUAAACAUUGCGUUGGGACCAUUGAAGCCUCAGCCAAUUUUGAUGACUAUAUAAGUCUCUGAGGAAGCGAAGAGACCAUGUGUAACAUUUCAUGCAAUGUUGUCUCAAACAUAGACCAGUUCUUCCAGCCGGUGCUGUAUAUUAUCGUCAUCGUCCUUGGCUUCCCGACUAACUGCCUGGCCCUGUGGGCUGCGUACAAGCAGGUCAGACAGAAGAAUGAGUUGGGGGUCUACCUGAUGAACCUCUCGGUGGCUGACCUCUUGUAUAUAGCCACUUUGCCACUUUGGAUUGACUAUUUUCUCCACCAUGACAACUGGAUCCACGGUCAAGUGUCCUGCAAGAUGUUCGGUUUCAUAUUCUACACCAACAUCUACGUCAGCAUCGCCUUCCUCUGCUGCAUAUCUGUGGAUCGUUACUUGGCUGUGGCUCAUCCCCUGAAAUUUGCUAAAGUCCGCAGGGUCAAAACAGCCUUGCUGGUCAGCACCGUUGUGUGGGUAACUGAAAUAGUGGCCAACUCUGCACCUCUCUUCCAUGAUGAGCUUUUCAAGGACCGCUUUAACCACACCUUUUGCUUCGAGAAGUAUCCCAUGCAGGAUUGGGUGGCGGGGAUAAACCUUUACCGCACUUUCCUCGGCUUCUUUGUGCCUUGGGGUGUAAUGUUGGCUGCUUACAGAGGCAUCCUGAGAGCCGUGCGCAGUAACGUCUCGACCGAGCGCCAAGAGAAAGCCAAAAUCAAGAGGCUGGCCCUCAGUUUGAUCCUCAUCGUCCUCCUCUGCUUCGCUCCCUACCACGUCCUCUUGCUGUGGCGCAGCAUCCUUUUCCUCACCAACCCUUGCGAUUGCGGUGCUGAAGAGAACUUGUUUGGUGCUUAUCAUGUGACUCUAGCACUCACCAGCCUCAACUGCGUGGCAGACCCCAUCCUCUAUUGCUUUGUUAACGAAGGGGCCCGUAAUGAUGUGGGCCGGGCCCUGUCCACUCUCUUCGGUCUCUUCCAGUGGUGCCAAAGCCCAGAGGCGCUCAUGGGGGCAUCCAUCACCGUGGAGACGCCGUUAGCUAUAAAGAAGCCCGAUUUCUACAAUGAGGUCAAAACGAAUGCCUAUAAAACUGACAUUGAAGUGCUCAAAGAUGAAUGCCUUCAAAUGACCAUUCUCAGUGUUAAAAAGUGAAGUUAAAUGUCAGUGAAACCUACAGCAGUCCCCUGAAGUGUGUGGACACUUACUGUAUGUGCGCACUUGAAACUGAAUUGUUUUGUGAAAAUGGCAAAAUAUUAAACCAAGUGGCAUCUUCAAAAGCUGCUGGAUCUUUUGUUAAAAAAAUUAUAUCUGUUUUUGUGAGCCAUUUUGUCAGUGACUUUUAAAGCCCAAAGUCUACUUAGGUUUUGAGGUGAACCCCUAGCUGCUUGUGUUUGAUAGCAUGCUCGAACACCGGCCCUCAACACAUGCCCUCUAUGAAGUUUUGUUCUUGUCCAGUGUCUAUGCUAUUUCUUUUUUUUCUAGAAGUUAUGACUGAUAAAAUUGUCUUUGCGCCUUAAACUAGAGUUGCAUGUAUCUCUUAACCCCCUCACACAAGUGCUUGUCAACAAAAGAAUCUUUUGUUGUUGCUGUCUCCAGUAGUUUAUUUUUCUGUUUUGACUUAGUCAAAAUUGUCUCCACUUUGUGGACAAGUUAAUUUUCUGCAGAAACAUUCAAGGUGCAUGUGCGAGCUGCACGCAUACAGGAUGUACAUGUUAUGAUGAUGAAGCUACGUAACAAGUUGAUUUUAAAAGACUCUUAACAACCAAAAAAAGUCUGAAUAGUUUUUUAUCUGAAUUUUGAACAAUAUUUCGUUUUACAAUUUAAAACACAACAAACUUGUUUUCCUUUUUCUUUUUUUCCUUGAAAUCUGUAUUAUAUUUUUGUCAAACUAAAACAAUGCCACUUGAUUUGAUUUUGUUAUGUAAUGCAAUAACAUUCAGAAUUUAAGUGCGGCUUAAAGGUAUAGUUCACGUAAAAAUGAAAAUUCUGUCAUAAUUUACUCACCAUCAAGUUCCAAACUUGUAUAUCUUUCUUUUAGACCUCGAAAGAAAAUGUUUUCUAUAAUGUCUCAGUUUUUUGUUUUUGUCCAAUAAAUGAAAGUUGCUUAGAUCCAACAGGAGGUUUUUUUUUUUUUUUUUUUUUUUUUGGACUCAUCAAAACAUCAUUUCAGGAACAAAAACAAUUUAAACAUUCCAUAUACUAUCUUCUUUGGUGUUCCAGGUUUGGGUCAGCUUAAUAGUCAUCAGAUAAUGACAGAAUGUUUUCUAUUUUGAGUAAACAAUCCCUUUAAGUGUAAUUACUUUUUGGGGCUGCUGUAUAUACACCUAUGUGUACCUCAAGUUUUGCACAGAAAAGGUCUACGAUAAAAUCUUUAACUUGGAAAUGAGGAUUAAUAAAUGUCAGUGAAAUGCUGAUGUCAAAAAGCCCUUCUCCUUUUGAAUGUUUUAUAUGUACAUGCCUGCUAUUUGUGUCUGUUCUUUCUAAUCUACUAUCCCUAUUUUGACAUUAUUAUUGGUCUUAGGCGCAAGCCCAGUUAUUUAUUUCCCCACUCUUGUCACAGUCAACACAAAUACUGCCUGGGUUGUUUCAGGUGUUGUGUUUUAAUAUGCAUCUUAAUACAUUGUAUAAAGUCUUUAACAAGGGGAGCAUGUUUCUCUCAGCCGUCUCGUUUGACAUCCUUUCCGUUCGGUGGCCCACAGAUACACAAAAUGGAAACUGUUUUCCAAACAAUGGGCUUUGCUAUUGUUUACAUUUUUUUCUUCAUUAGUUCUCCAGUUGGCCUCUUUCAGCCUACCAAACUGGAAGUCCUGAAUGUCAGCAGCGAGAAUGUAAUGGAUGCCGAAAUAAAAUAUAUGAUGUGGGCCGU